UGAGCAUAAAAGUGUGAGUAUUGUUUGUGAUAAUCGAAUGAGGUAAGCCGAAAUUUGCGGGAUAGAUCCUCAUACUCAGAAUUACUUCGAGAUAACAUUGUUACGUUUUAAAAACUAAUGUAUGGAUAAUUUUCGAAGAAUUCACACUUCAGUUUACAGCGGAAUAUACAAAAAACACAACUCGUUGUUGUUCAUAACAAAUUAACCGGGAAAUUGUAUUCUUCUUCUAUUAUUAAAUCAACGAUUCACAAUUCUCUUAGACAGCUGAAAACAGCUGUUCAGUUAUCACAUAAAAAGGUUAAGUAUUUGGAUCGCGACCUGAUUGGGUUAUGUCAGUUUCCAUAAUAAAGUAAAUAAUUUAUUGAAAUAAAAAUGUAUCGAAAAAUUGUUACGAAUCUUGUGAAGUUUGUUCCGAAAAGAAAUGUAAGCGAAAUACUGCGACCAAUGUCGGCAAAGUCUGUGCAAUCUAAAUCAAUUGAAAACUGGGAUUUGUAUGCAUCUGUCCUUGUAGAACGUCUGCCCGUUGUAUCAAAAAGUUUCAACGCUAUUGAACGUGAAUUCCAGGAGCAUCUAUGGCGCGUAGAGUUGGAGAACAGUUUAAAGUCAGAUCAUGAACUUAAACAUCAACGAGACUUAAUACAAAGUGAACUGAUCAAAAAAGGAAAAAUGGAAGUGGACCUUGACGACAGCGCUUCCAAGCAGACAGCACAAGAUUUAAAAGAUGCCUACUCGGAAGAGUUAAAAAGUUUUCAAUUUGCUUUACGUUCUACUGCCGACGAUGCAACUAAUAAAACGAAUUCUACAGACCGAUGUUUAGAAGAAAUUUUGUAUCUGGUUAUCGAGGAAUCAUUAAGCAAGCAAACAGUAAAAAUGUUACCACAAGGUCCACGACUAGAUGGUGAGACCAUGCGUCAGGCGGCGGAACGAGUGUUACGCGAAAAAUGUGGUACUCAAUUGAAGGUCACUUUCUAUGGAAACGCACCAUGUGGAUUUUACAAAUAUAAAUAUCCAACAGAAAUGCGUAAAAGUAGUGUCGGAGCCAAAGUUUUCUUUUACCGAGCAUCCCUACAUGGCGGUAAUGUCGAUACGGCGAUUGCGAAAAAAUUCGAAUGGCUGACAAGGCCAGUAUUAGAGGAAAAACUUCAAAAACCUGAAUAUUCAGAAAGUAUACAAAAAUUUUUGUUAUAAAAUAAAUGUACAUAAGUACCCAAAACAUGUCAAUAAACUCUCAUUAAAAUCAA